AUGGCAUCCCCAAACACUUUCCCGAACACUCCCUCCUCCUCCUCCGGCAACACCCCAACCAACCUCAAAAUCAUCAACGCCUCUCUCUUCCGCAUGGGCACCAAGGCCGAUUGGGACGCGCUCUGGGGCGGUUAUGACGUGGUGACGGACCUGGCGUCGCCGUUUGCGGUGGAGCUGGUUCAGGCAUACCCCGAGGCGAAGGUCGUGGUGGUGCAGAGGGCUUUUGAGAAGUGGUGGCCGAGUUUUCGGGAUGAGGUGUUGGAUCGGGUGAUGGUGCAGCCCAUGGCGACGGUGAAUGGGUGGAUUGGGUGGCAUGUCAUGGGGAUUCGGGCGGUGCAGGCGAUGCGGAAGGUGCAUUUUGGUCUGUUUGGGGCGAAGACGAGGCCGGAGAUUGAGGAGAAUGCGCGGAGGACGUAUGAGGAGUAUUUCAAGAAGAUUAGGAGGCUUGUGCCAGAGGAGAGGAGGCUGGAGUACAAGAUGGGGGACGGCUGGGAGCCGCUGUGCGAGUUUCUGGGGGUGCCGGUGCCAGAUGUGCCGUUUCCGAGGGCGAAUGAGCAAGAGGCGCAUCAGGAGGAGGUAAAGAAGAGAUUGGGCAAAUUUUAUGGGAGCACGCUGAGGUUGGUGCUGCCAGGGGUGGUUGGGUCUAUCACUGUGUUGGUGGGUUGGUGGUGGUAUCAGCGGACAUGA